UUCAAAGUAUCAACCGACAUCGAGCGUGAUCUAUUUGCGUUGCGAAAGUUAUCCAUGGCAAGUCAACCAAACCACUGUCGGACCAUAGUCUUACAGCGUCGCCAGAAGUCGCUUAAUGGAGGGUGUUCCUUCCAGCUGAAGGCGACACCCCCGUCAAUUUCAAAAUCGCGAACGGAUUCGUGCGAGGCCACUGUAUACCAAAAUUAACGGAUAAAUUCAACGUUAAAGCGUAAUUCGAUUCGGCGCCGUUUAAGGGGGAUUCGUCAUUGUUUGUCAGCGAAAAGCGCAACAUCGCGUGGAUGAUGGACGAAUGCGCAUCCACGGGUACCGUCCGAACUCUUCGAAGGGGCUAGCUGGAAGACGGAUCGCGAUCCAACGAUAUGUGACGUGUUUUUUUAAAUUCGACACACUUUUGUCUGAUACGAAUCCGCAUCAUAUAUUACCGGGUCAAGGUUAAGAAUACUUGACGAUGGUUGACAGCGACGCUGACAGAUGGUACGAUUGGAAGCGAGAUAAUGUUAAUGAAAUGCUCAAUGGGGGGGACAUUAACGCCUCGAGUGAUUUGUGCCUGGCUGCUCCGAAUCGAUUGAGUUAUUCGACUUGCAACGACGGUCAGAAAGAAAGUUCCCGCAGCAAUGGGCUUAUCCACCAUAACGCGAUCUCUUCGAGCUCUAGAUCCGGCGCGGAAGUCCGGUUCAUUAAUCCAGCGAUUUACGCCGAGACGUUGAACGACGAAGAUGAGGAGCGCGAAAUAAAAAUUCGCGUGAAAGUCAGUUCUAAAGACAAUGGAGCUCCGAUGGAGGGUAGUUGCAGCGAUUCUUCGGGAAUUAGCGACAUAAUGUCUAUGUUGGCCAUCAAGAAUGACCUAGCGACACCGUUCGAGAACCAUAUCGGUGAUCAAGCUUUGUCCCAGAAUACCUAUCGUUGUUAUUCGUUAAAUUCACCGGUUGCAUCUCUGGAAUCUGGCCCUCUACGAUCGAAGUCUGUGGUUUCGUGCAGGCCCUCCAAUCGGGUUGAGAGGCGAUGCAGAAUCAUUGGCAGAGCAGACGGGAAUGACGAACUUUGCUCCGCUAGGCUAGUCGAUCCGGAAGUGCAGAGGUACACUCUAAAUGGACACCGAGUGGUGCAAGUUUCCACAGCCUCAUUAUCCAGCAUCAGUAUUUUGGAGACCAGGUCGAUGAAGCACGAUCUUAAAAAGAUCCCUUACAGCGAGUGGAUGCGAUGCAAGCAGCAGGCGGCGAGACAAAAGAGAGAAGAAGAGGAUCAGGCGAAGAGGGAAGAGCAAAUGGAGGCGGAGAGGUUGGUUCGCGAGAAAGAAGAGAGGGAAUCUCGGGAACGGGAGAAUUUUCUGAAGUGGAGCGAGAGGAAAAGAAAAGAAGAGGAAAGGAAGAAGGAGAUGGUGGCGAAGGAAUUGGAAAUGCAGAAGAAGCUGAAGGAGUUCGAGGACAAAAGUGUCGUGAUGAAGUCUCUGUGUCUUCGUCAGUGGGCUCAUAAGAAGAAAGAGGAGGAGAAAGCUCGCCAAAAGAAAGAAGAAGUAAAACAGAAGAAAAUUGACGAGGAAAAGAAGAAAAGAUUAGAGGAGAGCACAAAGGCUUAUGAAAAUUGGCGGAAGAAUGCGAAGAACAAGCCUAAGCCUGCUACACAGGGACUUCUGCCGCAUCAGAAAGCGAAACCAUCGUACGUGAAUCCGACGCCCUGGCAGGGAAUCGUCGACGAGUCCGAGGACGACGAGGUGAACUCGUCGAACGGCAGGAGGACUCACCAUGGUCAGCAGGCGAAGAUUAUCAGUAAAAAGAGUACCACGUAUUAUCAGUGA